UUUGGGCGGAAGCCAAAAGCAGGUUAAAAAAUACGUUUUUUUGGGGCGUCAAAAAGCCGGCUUCCCCGUUUGGCAAACCUGGCCUCCCUUCUCCCUUACCUUUUCCGAACACCUCCCUUUCUCUCUUUCCGGCGCUUGCUCACUCACGCAUAACUUUGCCCUUGUUCCUCGCUGCGGCACGGGGGCUUCCGACGUCGGAGCAGCUUGGGAAGCAUAUCUUUUCGUCUGUGCAUGUUGGAUAAUUUUGGGUUUGCUUUUCUUCAUGUGAAGAGCAUAGGUCAUUAAGGUCGGUUAAAGGGGAAGUCGUAAGGUACUUCUAAUUUUAUUGGUUCUGAGAAGAUCUUCUCAGUCAUCAGGCCGGUGGUUCCCGGCAGAUCCUGCUUGCUCUUUUCCGGGGUUCUUCUUGUGUUCACAAUGAAGUUAACUGUGAAGACACUAAAGGGGAGCCACUUUGAGAUUAAGGUUCAGCCCAGUGAUACGGUUAUUGCUGUUAAGAAGCAUAUUGAAGAGGCACAAGGAAAAGACAACUUUCCUUAUGCUCAACAGCUCUUGAUUCAUAAUGGCAAGGUCUUGAAAGAUGAAACGACUUUGGAAGACAAUAAAGUUAGCGAAAAUGGUUUUCUUGUUGUCAUGCUCAGCAAGAGCAAAGCUUCCACACAGGGAGGAAGCUCAUCUUCUCAGUCCUCAACUUCCAACCCUGCUCCUACUGCUUCAGCUGCUCCUGCUGCCUCAGCUGCUCCUGCUGCCUCAGCUGCUCCUGCUGUCCCUACAGUGCCUGAAUCCAAGGCUCCUGCACAAGCAGCGCCCCCUGUGAGUACAGCAGCAGGUUCUGAAAGAGCAGCUGAGGCUGCUGAUCCAUAUGGUCAGGCUGCAUCUAACCUAGUUGUGGGAAACAAUCUUGAGCAAACCAUUCAGCAGUUGAUUGAUAUGGGUGGAGGCAGCUGGGAUAGGGAAACUGUCAUACGUGCACUGCAAGCUGCUUAUAAUAAUCCUGAACGAGCUGUCGAUUAUCUAUAUUCUGGUAUUCCAGCUUCUGCAGAAGUGGCUGUUCCUGUUGCCCGUCCUUCAGGGCAGGCAUCAAGUCAAGUGCCUAUUGCUACCACAGACAGAGAUGCACCAGGAACUGCACCUGUUUCUGGAGGACCGAACGCUUCUCCAUUGAACUUGUUUCCACAGGGAGCUCCUACCACUGGAACUGGGGCUGGAAGUGGCUCUCUUGAUUUCCUCCGGAAUAAUCCGCAGUUCCUAGCUCUCCGUUCCAUGGUCCAGGCAAAUCCUCAAAUACUACAGCCCAUGCUGCAGGAAUUAAGCAAGCAGAAUCCGCAGCUUCUAAGACUGAUUCAGGAGCACCAAGCAGAAUUCCUUCAACUUAUUAAUGAACCACUUGAAGGAUCUGAAGGAGACAUAUUUGGACAGCUUGAGCAGGACAUGCCCCAAUCUAUAAGUGUUACACCGGAGGAACGAGAGGCUAUUGAAAGACUUGAAGCUAUGGGGUUCGAUAGGGCACUCGUUAUUGAAGCUUUCUUGGCUUGUGACAAAAAUGAGGAGCUUGCAGCAAACUAUUUGUUGGAAAAUGCCGGUGAUUUUGAAGAUUGACAAGUAGUGUGGAUGAUAGUGGUCUGUCUUCCAACGGCAUGGUAUCAGUUCAGUCCAAAAUAUGGGGAAAGAAAAUUUUUUCUGAUGGUGAACAUGUGAUCAAGAUGAUCCAAUCUCUAGUGCUCAACUGUUUCGGUUUUUUUCCUCAUCGAGGACUUUUUUCUAUUUUUUAUAAGUAGCUGAGACCAGCUUUGAUUUAGUGACUCCUGAAGGUCCAAAUCAAUAUGUUGUUUUAAUUUAUUCUGAGUAUUUUGAUCUUACUUGAAAUGAUUCUUGGAGAUGCUUCACAAACUAUAUCAGAAUUCGAGCCAAAUAAUACUCUUCCUAGUGGUCAAGGCAACGAACCACUUUUCUUGUU